GCGUGCUUACUUCUGUACAAUGCGUCUGUUUCUCCUGCCUCUGUCCCUCUGCCUGCUGCUACUGUGUUGUGACAGUGACGGCGUGCAGUUCCUUGUCGACAAUAAGCUCAUAAUAGUGUUGGACCAAAAGGGCACAUGGGAUCAAAUGAGCAUCGCCUGUCGCAGGGAGGGCGCCCGCAUGGUGAAGAUAGAUAGCGCAGAUUUCAUGUACAACCUUGUUAACAGCUUGAGACAGAAUGACUUGGUCAACCAAAACUACUGGAUCGGCGCCACGGAGGUUGGCCACGAGGGUAUCUUCCGCUGGCAGGACGGCACGAAGGUCAAGAUGGGAACACCGUUCUGGGGCAUCCACCAAGGGGUCCAGGAACCCAACGGCGGGAACCUGGAGACGUGUGUGUUUAUGGUUCAGAGCAAGUUCCUGUACUGGGCUGACGCACUUUGCUCUGACAUUUUCUCGGUGAUUUGCGAGGUGCAAGGAAAUGGAAUCUUAAUUCUGUGCAAACUAUUAUACAAAUAAAGUAACUGUGUCCAUCGCCCUUAAAAAUGUCCCCAGCUGUUUCCGGGUCUCGUCAGGGUAAAUCAAUGACUUUGUUUCACUCUUCCCGCCAGGUAUCAGUUAGUAAGACGAAUUAAAUACCUUU